UUGUUUAUGGACACAAGGGCAAGUCCAUUGGAAAAGGCAGUGGCGACAAUGCCAUAGUCACCAGCAAUCCCAUGACAGUUCAACAGCUGGGACCUCUUUCACCUUCAGCGAAUCAGCUUUCAACAGCAUGCAGCCAGAUCAGCCCUAGCUUACACAGGUCUAUGGAUGCUUCCAGCCUGAGUGCUUCUCCAUCAGAUACAAGGUCACUCUUGUCAUGUGAGACUCUGGCCUCUACAACAUUAAGCUUGUCAGAAGGUCACUCCCCUCUGAGUGUUGAACAAGAGUGGUCACAUAGGUACAGGACACUUUCUUCUGUUCCUCCUGACCAUGGUUUACAAAAUGGCAGUGAGCUGGGGGACUUCAUAAAUUUUUCGCCUGAAGCAUCUACAUCCAGUGACUCAUUACCAUCCUACUUAUAUGGCAUGGAAAAGAAGAAUUCCCCUUACUCUAGUCCUUGCCAGUCCUCAGUCUGGUGUCAAUCAGCCCGCUCCAAAAAGAGAGCACUCUCUGUAUCUCCUCUGUCUGAUGGCAUUGGGAUCGAGUUCAAUACAAUCAUUCGUACGUCCCCAACUUCUCUGGUGGCCUACAUCAACAGCUCCAGGGCAUCGCCAGCAAACGUCUCCCCACAGCCUGAGGUCUAUGGACAUUUUUUGGGAGUGAGAGGAAGCUGUAUACCACAAAACUGCUCUGUUUCAGCUGCCCAGAAAGGCUUCCACAUGGCGAAUGGCGGUGUCACCUUUCCAGGAUAUGUUGAGAACGGGACAGGUGAGUACCAGCAGAUGCAGCAGCUGGAGCAAGCCAGCUUGCAGAUGGUUGCCACAAAUAACAUGGUGAUCCAGCAGGGUGUGCUGCCCAUGGACAGCCAUUCAAUAGACAUCCUGAAAAACAAGCAGCUGGGUGACUUCUCGGGCCCUGUUGUUGACAUGCCUCUUUCAGCCGUGGUGCUGCCGCCGCCUCCUCCACAGGGGCCGCCCCCGCCGUACCACGCUCACCAGCGCCGGCCCCCUCACGGCCUGCCCGGCCACGUCCCCGCGCUGCCGGCGCUGCCUCCGGCCCCAGGCGCCCCGCUGCAGGAAGAUGGAGAGCUGGAGGAUUUCAAUGGCAAGCAUGGCUGUUGCUGGGUUGACUGUGGGAAGCUGUAUGACCAUCAGGAGGAGCUUGUGCGGCACAUAGAGAAGAUCCACAUAGACCAGAGGAAGGGAGAAGACUUUACCUGCUUCUGGGCAGGGUGCCCUCGAAGGUUCAAGCCAUUUAAUGCCCGUUACAAACUGCUGAUUCACAUGAGAGUCCACUCAGGAGAGAAGCCGAACAAAUGCACAUUUGAGGGUUGCAAGAAAGCCUUUUCCAGACUAGAAAAUCUCAAGAUUCACUUAAGGAGCCAUACGGGUGAGAAGCCGUACCUUUGCCAGCAUCCUGGCUGCCAGAAGGCGUUCAGCAACUCCAGCGACCGUGCCAAGCACCAGAGGACGCACUUGGACACUAAACCUUAUGCAUGUGAGAUUCCAGGAUGUACUAAGCGAUACACAGAUCCAAGUUCCCUCAGAAAACAUGUGAAAGCCCAUUCUUCCAAAGAUCAACAAGUCAGGAAAAAGUUGCGAUCAAGCUCAGAGAUUGGCCAGGACAUCCUGAAUGACUGCCUUGCAAUCCAGCCCCUUCGGCCAGUCCUGUCACCACAGGAUGCUGUAGAUAAUACCAUGGGACACUCCCCAGGGUCUGCUUGUGGUAUUUACCCAGCAGCUGUGAUCCCCAGCACACAGAUAAAUCAAAGUGGAGCAGCAGCUGGGGCAGUGUCCUUGUCCCACCCCAGCAGCCACUCUUCCCCAGGACAAAACAUCCAGGGCAGUCCUCUGCACCCUCCCCAGGUACCUCUUCUCACAGCUGCUGACUCAGAGAGGUUUGUUGCUCCAGCUCCUUCUCAUCACAUCAGCCCCCAGAGAAUGUCCAUUCAACAUCCCAUGAUGCAGAGACAGACUCCACAACCUCCUCAGGUUCCACAACUUGCAGGGAUGCCUCUGAAGACAUACCAACAAGCACAAAGCCCUUCUUUUCAGCCAAAUGCCCUUCACAUCCAGGGCUUUUAUGGGCAGCUUCAGACUUUCUGCCCUCCACAUUAUGCUGACACUCAGAAGAACAUACAAGACAGUGUUUCUUGCAAUAUGGUUCCUCCUGUUGACUGCUCAGCUCUCCCAUCAGCAGGCCAGGGAGGGCUUGGCAUUUUCCAUGGAAGUUUUUCAGAUCAUUCUGGUAUCAAAGUGUAUGACUUUCCAGCAGGGUCUGUAGAUACCUUUGAUGAUUCAGCUUGCAGCAUGCCAGAGGACAGCAGUUUCCUACAAGUAAAUGCAGUGGAUCAUUGUUCCAGCCAGCUUUCUUCUGUAUACACUGAAGGCUAAGGUGGCUGUGGUGAGCUGGGGGUCGGCCUCUUUCUCCGGGCAACAACAGACGGAACAAGAGGACACAGUCUCAAGCUGCGCCAAGGGAGAUACAGGCCAGAAUUAAGGAGGAAGUAUUUUACAGAAAGAGUGGUCAAAUACUGGAAUCAUCUGCCCAGGGAGGUGGUAGAGUCACCAUCCCUCAAAGAGUUUAAAAAAAGAUUGGAUGUGGCAUGAUCUAGUUGAGGUGUUAGAACAUGGGUUGGACUCGAUGAUCUUAAAGGUCUCUUCCAACCUAGAAUUUCUGUGAUAAUAUUCUCAUGACCUGAUAGAGUAAGGACAGAAACGUUCAUCCUUGCAGGCUGGGCCAUAACUGUGCUUCAGAAAUAACUCUUCCAAAGAGAUAAAAUAAAAAGGUUUAUACAACUGGUUUUUUUUUUCCUGGCAAACUUUUGAGUUGUUAAGUCCAAUUUGUGUCCAAUUCAUAAUUUAGUCUACAAUUAUGUGGAACAGAUGAAUUUAUGUCCGGAUGUUUGUGAACAUUGGCAAUCUUUUGAGGUUUGUAUUCAUGAAGUAUAUUCUUAUGUGUAGUUAUAUGCUUAAAUAUUUAAUGGAGAGAUUUUUAUCUGAUACGUAGAAUAUAUUGAUAAACCAUUCACAUAAAUGAAGUACAACAAGAAGUGACUAAAAUGUAGCCAAUCCUGUACUAAAUUCUUCCCCCAUAUAUUCUGCUUCUCACAUCACAAGAGAAUGUGUCCCUCUGCUCCCGCUUGCACUAAGAGGUCUAGAUGUUACCAUAUGUGAUUUGCAUUGCAUUAAAAGACGGCAGGCAUUCUUCACAGCUAUACAUAUGCAAUCAAAAAGACAGUCCUUCUGCAUAAUGUGCAUUGACUGCAAGUUUCGCUUUUCAAUAAAGCUUUACUUUUUUAUUACCUUGAAGCCCAUUCUGUGGUCACUGCACAAAUGUAACUUGGUUCAGUAGGAAUAAUUAGUCACACUGAACUCUUUAAUUUCAAAUGUGUGGAAUUGUGUUUUGUUUCACCAAAGUCAGCAAGGGCAGGGUCAGACUACGUGUGGACAUUUACGUGUACAUAUAUACUUCCAUAUAUAUAAAUCCCUCAAAAUUCUUUUAAGGACAUGAUUGUCCAGAGUUUGUCCAUUGCUGUUUACAAAACUGAAAUAUUGUUGCUGUCUUCAGAUCUGUACCACCUUGACUUUUAAACUUUUGGAAAUAUUUUUUUUCUAGUAUCUGAAUGUACAAGUUGCUCUGUAGAGUUGAGAAUUAUACUUUUUGAAACAUACUGACCAAAGGGAAAAUGGGAGUACACGAUUCAAAAAGGGCAUUUUCAGCUUGGGGGUUCAUCAUUUACAUUUAAAAAAGGAAACUUUUGCAAGUCAUUAAUUCAUUCUUUCAUUUAUAUAUGUAUUUACAACUUUCCAUGAGCCCUAAUCCUAAAAAGAAGGCCCUAGAGAAGAGUCAAAUCAAGCACAUGAAUAUGGGCUACCAGUCUGUAAAAAGGUAGGCCUAUGUUUACUUCUCAUUCAGAGACAAAGAGGAUUCUUCACUAUUACUUCAUUAUUCUCUUUGGAGUUGGACUGGCUUUGAGGCAUCAAUUUAAUCACUGAGGUCAAUUGCAUAAAAAACCCCAUUGUAGCUCAUGUAUAUUGGAAAUUUAAGUAGGGAAUCCUGUUUGUCACAAUCAAAAAUGGUGCUUGAGAAAAUACAAUUUUGUGGAUUACCUGCAUAACUGAGUUAUUUGCAAAUACUUGUGCCUCCAUGAGUUUUGUGUUGUUAUUCUACUUGCUGUAUUGUUAAGUUUCUAAAGGGAUUCAUAUCUAAGAGAUGAAGUUAUUUUAGACUACAGACAUUAAACAAUAUUGAAAAUAAAUUAUUUACAAUUAUUAUUUUAUACAUUGUAACUCUUUGCCGGGUCAGCGGUCUAUUUAUAUCUGUGUUAGAAAUGGUUCUACACUGGAGUUUAAAAUACAGUUUCAAAGUGCAUCUGUACAAGUGGGAGUGUAUGAGAGUGCAUUUAAGGCUCCUUUUCUACAUGUGUGGACACACAAACUUGUAGGCAUUGUGGUUUACUACUACCAGAUGCUGAAGAAUGGCAGUGCUAAGGCCAUCUGUCACACUGUAUAUUGUUUUCAGCUUUUCUUGAAAAGGUGUGAAUGAGUAUAAAAAAUACAUUUUAACUGUUUAUUCCCUGUUUUCCCUGUGUAAUUUUAUAGCAGAAUUUUUAAACAGCACUUUUUUCUUGUCUGAAAUUUUGUUCUUGGUUUGGGGCUUUUUGUUUAUAUAUAUAUAUAUGUGUGUGUAUAUAUAUAUAUAUAU